UUGCACAGUCUGUGCCACUUCUCCUACCUAACCAUUGAGCCACAAGAAAAAUUCUCUUCAAGUUUUCAAAGUCUGGAAGGUUUUGAUAAGCAAAUACUGUCAAGGCUUUGGCUUCCUCAUUGGCUGUCCCUUCAACCACCAGAUUUUGACAUCAAUAAUCUGAUUGAAAAAUCAGGGAGGGGAAUGGGGGCAAAGGAAGAAGAGAAAGAAGGAAGAGAAGAAAGAAAGAAAGAAAAUCACCAGAGAGAGAAAGAGAGAGAGAGAGAGGUGGAGGCUUUCCUAAAUCCAGCAGCAGUCAAUCUGAGGGAGAAAAUAAACCAAAAAGGAGAAAACAGGACCUUGUGGAGACUCUCAUCGGACAAAAGAGACAGGCCUCUGCAAGCAGCUUUUCUGACCAGCAAGCAGGUGGGAAUGCCACGCUCCUUCCUGGUGAAGAGCAAGAGGUCCCACUCCCAUCACCAGCGCCGAGUGGUGGAUGGUGACGACCUCCUCGUGACUAAAUGGGAUCUGGGAACAGCACCACCCUCCCCUGCCGUGGCAGAUGGCAUGGGCAGCAUUGCCCACCUGGAGAGCAAAGUUUUUGGCACAGCCCCCCUCCCACAAUAUCCAGCCCCAGAGGAAGAAGGUGGAAACCUCCCUGUCCAGAAGCAGACCAGUGGGGACAGCACCGCUUCAGGGGGAAUGCCGAUGCCAGAGGUUCUCCUCCCAGCCCUGAGAGCCAAAGAGUGCAGCAGCAGCAUCAGUAGCAGCAGUGGCAAUGGCUCCAUGGAGCAUCUUCCCACCAGUUUCUACAAGCCCCAUUUGGUCUGGGAUGCCUUGCAGCCUCCCUACGGCUUCCGCCCGCUGCCUUCAGCCUUUCUGGAGGGCUCUAUCCACCUGUAUGGGACUCACCCGCACCUGCCUGCCUCGGAGCCCCCCCUGGACUACAGCCUGCGGUUUUCUCCAGACUUGGGAGCGACCUUCCACUGCCUGAUCUGUAACAAAAUAUUUUCCACUCCGCAUGGCCUGGAGGUCCAUGUCCGCAGAUCGCACAGCGGCACGCGACCCUUUGCUUGUGAAACAUGUGGCAAAACCUUUGGGCACGCUGUAAGUUUAGAGCAACAUGCCAAUAUCCACUCCCAGGAGAAAAGCUUUGAGUGCAAGAUGUGCGGGAAGACAUUCAAGCGCUCGUCCACCCUGUCCACCCACCUGCUGAUCCACUCGGACACAAGGCCUUACCCCUGCCAGUACUGUGGGAAACGCUUUCACCAGAAGUCAGACAUGAAGAAGCACACCUACAUCCACACAGGAGAGAAACCCCACAAGUGCCAGGUGUGCGGCAAAGCCUUCAGCCAGAGCUCCAACCUCAUUACACACAGUCGCAAACACACUGGCUUCAAGCCCUUCACCUGCGAGCUCUGCAGGAAAGGCUUCCAGCGCAAGGUGGACCUGCGGCGCCAUCGGGAAAGCCAGCACAGCCUGAAGUGAGCAGCAGGGGAGAGGGAGGCCCGGCAGCCAAGGGCCAGAAGGGAGACACAGUGGGACGAGCCUAGCUGCAGCCUCAGCCCCAAGUGACCAUCCCUGAGCUCUGCAGACCAUCAGGAAGACCAGACCUAGCCUGCUGUUGAGGAAGACAGAGGGCUGCCCUAGUCUUCUCUCCUGACCGACAGGCAGCUCUUGCAAGAUGGUGUGACGGAACGAGGACCCUGCAGCUCCAUCCUCCUCUUUCACUUUGAGCCCUCCCAGUGAGGAUGAAACCUGGGACCUUCUGCAUGCAAAAAGAGGGAACAGGUUAUCAAAUAAAGAAAUGCUUCCCUAAUAGCGCAAAUGAAAUGCCAUUAGCUUUCACACCCUUGCAAUCACAUUUCAAUCUCACUACUGAGAAACCAUUCACAAGAUUUCCCUGUGAAUGGUUUGUUGCUGGAGCAUUCCUGGUUCUUCCUGGAAUAAAUUUUGGAUGAGCGCAGUGUCAUCUAAAAACCUUCCUUACAAUAAAGCAAUUUAUCUGGGAUUAUGCCUUUUUCUUCCCCUUUUCUCCUCCGUCUGAUAAUCUCUAUCAAAUCACAGAGUUUGAAAAGGCCCCGAAGGGCCAUCUGGUGCAACCACCUUCUGUUGUGCAGGAAUCCACAAUCACACCCGCUCCCUAGAGAUGCUCAUCCAACCUGGGAGUCCACCCCCACCCCUGGCAGUCUGUUCCAUCCUCCAACAGCUCUUGUAACCCAAUAGAUGUAUUUCUGCUUGUGAUGAUGGGCUUACAAACACCAUUUUUAAAAAAUAAAUGAGACAAUCAUAAC